AUGGUUUACACAAUCGCCAGCCCAGAUGAGUAUCUGGCAAUUACCGGUGCAGGUGUUCGAACAGUGAAGAUUACCAAGAGCGCCUGGGUUUGGCCAUUUCAAAGAUGUCAACGGUUUAGCAUUCAGCCCCGUGAUUACAAUUUAAACCUCCAGACGAUGACCAGGGAGAAGUUGCAAUUCCUUCUUCCAGUUGUCUUCACCGUGGGCCCCUACGUGAACCAAAAAGGCGUCAUUGACGGACAUGCAACCCGAGAUGCAUCUGGAGAUGAACACGCGCCUGAUCCAGAUGAUCGUGGAGAUGCCUUGCUGAAAUACGCCAUGUUGCUUGCUGAAGGCGAGGCCACCAAGGGCGUCAGCCCAGGCCAGCAUAUCGAGAAUAUCGUCAAGGGUAUCAUUGAGGGAGAGACCCGUGUGCUUGUCAGCUCUCUUACAAUCGAGGAAAUCUUUACAGCCCGCGAGGAAUUCAAGAAGCGCAUUUUCCGGAAUAUUCAGAGCGAACUGGGCCAGUUUGGGCUGAAGAUCUAUAACGCCAAUGUGAAGGAGUUGAGGGAUGCCCCACAAUCGAGUUAUUUUGAGUCUUUGUCAAGGAAAGCUCAUGAAGGUGCUAUCAAUCAAGCUCGUAUUGAUGUUGCCGAGGCUCAAAGACGCGGUAACGUGGGAGAAGCUCAACGACAGGGAGAGCAAAACCGUGAAAUUGCUAAGAUUAACGCCGAAACCGCUGUUCAAAAGACCGAGCGAGACUCUGAGCGUGCCCAGGCAGAAGCAACCCUUGCAACUCGCAAGACCGUCUUCAAUCGCGACGUAAACAUCGCCCAAAUCGAAGCCACUCGUGCCACCGAAUCCCGUGACGAGGAGCUCAGAAAAGAGGUCGAGGUCAAGCGUGCCUUCACCGAACUUGAAAGACUCCGAGCUAGCGACGUUGUUAAGGCUACUAUCGCCCGAGAAUCUAAACAACAAGCUGCCGACGCAAAAGCCUACGAGGAGCAAGCCCAGGCCAAAGCCAGCUUCUUCAGUGAGCAGCAAGCUGCUGACGCCGCAGCCUACAAGCUCCACAAGGAAGCCGAGGCAAAAUUCUAUGCCACGACCAAGGAGGCAGAGGCCCAUCUUGUCCAGCAGCAAAAGGAAGCAGCUGGUAUAUCCGCCAUGGCAGGCGCAUAUUCCGAUCUCUCUCUCGCUUUCGGCGGUCCUGCAGGCCUGAUCCAAUAUCUCAUGAUCGAGAAGGGCGUCUACACCCAACUUGCACAUGCCAAUGCUGACGCUAUCCGUGGCCUCAAUCCCAAGAUGACGAUUUGGAAUACCGGAGCUCAGGCUGGGAGCGAAGGUGGCAAGCCGGGCGAGGGAUCGUCGAUGGGCGGCGUAGACCAGAUCAGGAAUAUGUACCAGAUGCUUCCCCCAUUGAUGAGUACGAUUAAUGAACAGACUGGAAUCACGCUCCCGGAGUGGCAGUUCGGAAAGUUGGCCGGAGAUAUUUCUGAGAGGGAGGUUAGUGGAAAGCCGAUUCAGGGAAUGGGUUCGAACGGGACAAGCGCUCAGAAGUAA